UAGUCCCCCUACCCUUCGCAGCACCAUGUCGUGCGGUACUAUUGCCCAACAUAUCAAGCGAGAAGAGUGUUUCUGGCCCCCCUUGGAGCUUCCCUUGGCACAUAGAUCAGCGGUGACAAACCCAAACCCAGGUAGCCGUGCAGGAGAAGGAGGUCCUGCUGCCACGGAGACCAGGAGCAGAGGCAGCUUCCGGGGAAGGAUGGUGCAGAAGGUCUUCCUUGAAGAUGCAGCAAGCUCAGACAUACCACGCCAGUGUUUCAGGCGGCUCCGCUACCAGGCUGCUGAGGGGCCCCGAGAGUCUUGCAAUCAACUCCACCGACUUUCCCGGGAGUGGCUGAGGCCAGAGCAACACACCAAAAACCAAAUCCUGGACCUGGUGGUCCUGGAGCAGUUCCUGGCCAUCCUGCCAGUGGAGAUGGCAAACUGGGUGAGGGAGUGUGGAGCAGAGAGCAGUUCCCAGGCAGUGGCCCUGGCGGAGGGCUUCCUCCUGAGCCAGUCAGUGGAGAACAAAUUGGAGGAGGAGCAGGUGAAGAAUCUGUUUGUAGAAGCGGGACCUGAUUCCCUGCAGCAGAGAGAGCUGUCUCAGGCACCGAACUGCGUCCACCAGAAACCGAGAUCAAGCGGGAGCGAUAAGGGUGCCUCUCCCUUCAGGGUAAAGAUUACUGCGGUGGUGACCUUUCCAAUCGCCAGUUCAGUGUGCAUGUGUGGCUUUUGUGGGGCAGAAUCUGGUCCCUGCUUUUCCGCUAUUUGAAUCUAUAUCUCAUUUUGUACCAGGAGGGACUGCAUACAUUCCUUUUUUUAUAUAAGUUUUAUUUGAAGUAUAAUCCUAAAAAACAACAAACA